AGGAACUGACGUUGUGUCUGCUCGAGCUAGACGAUAAAAAAAAUUGCAUCUGCAGGAAAAUGGCUACAAACAUCAUACCGCUAAAAGGUGUUUGAAGAAGCGCAUCUCCUUCUGACCUACAGACCCUACGUACAUGGCACCCUCAAGCUGACACCAUGGCCCAGAUAUCCAGUGGUAAUGGGUUCAAGCUGGAUGUGGCGCAGCCCAAGGGGGCUGUGGAUAAGGAGGAGGCUCUUCGCAUGGAGGCAGAGGCCUUAGCAAAAUUACAAAAGGACAAGAGGAACACCCUGACGGUGACUACUUCCACUGCCGCUUCCACCUCUUCUUCCUCUACAAAAACCCUUCCCGCCGUCGCCCCUCCCAGGCCUACUCCUUCAACCACCAGCCGCCCGGAGAAGGACCUCAUUGUCUUUCCAGAGGCCAAGAAGCAGGCAGAGAAGGACAAGUUCCAGAACAUCGACGUGGACAAGCUGACCAACGAGGAGCUAGAGAAGCUCCUGCUAGACAACAGUUUCGGGGCCAACAGCAGCAAGGCGUCAAGGCCUUUCUCACUGCUGGGAUUUGACCUUAGUGCCUCUUACCCAGGGGGUCAUUCUACCUGCAUCCCCUCUCCCUUUACCAGCGGCCAAUGGACGCCCUCCAUGCUGUCAACCCCGAUUGGCUCCUGCGUGUCUACCCCCACCCACCAGCAAGCUCCCAUGUUCCCCUCCGCUCCUUUCCCCAAGCCGCAAACCUCCUUCCAGAAUGGUUUUUCUCCAGCCAUUCCACCCUACAUGGGCCUGCCUAGCCAACAGGCCUCCUUCAUGACCUUCGCUCCCAUCCAGCAGCCAGGAGCCAUUGUGUUCCAGCAGCCCGCCGUUACCCCAGAGAUGGCCAGGCUUUUUGACAAGAUCCACAGCACCUCGGAAUACUUGAAGAAUGGCAGGUCGGCCAAUAGCGAUCUGGAUUCUGCCGUGACCAGUGCUGUGUCCCUGGCACCCAACCCCCCGCCACCCGCCGUGGAACCCCCCGCCAUCAACCCGUUUGAGUGGCUGGACCUGGAUCCGCUCCACAAGCGCAAAGUUGAGGGCAAGGAGGGCAACUCCGCGGCCCCUGGCGGUGCUUUGGUGGCGGGGGUUCCUGCCGGUGGGGACCCGUGGGAUGCCGUGCUGCUAGAUGAGACAGAGAGCGGGGCUGGUGGCACCAGUCCACCCCUGGAAAAGAAGAAUCCACGUCACUCUCAGCCUCAGAUGUCGUCGGUGGGGUCGACAGUCUCCAGGAGCCACUCCCUAACCAUACCAGCAUCCUCAUCCCAACGCAAGCCAAACAAUACGCACGAUAAGGGAAGUGGGAAAAUACUGGCAAAGCACAGCGCCCUGAAGGAAAAGGAAGCCCAGAACCUAGAAGUUGUAGCCUUCUGUGAAGACGUAGCAAUACUGAGGUCAAAGUUCGCCCACGAUGACCUGCUGACCAACCCGGGGUACGUGCUGAGCGCUGUGAUACCCCAGAGGGACGGGGGCGGGGACAACGGCUGCAGCGUUAAGGUGUCCAUCGAGAUCUCUGAUUCCCAGGAGCCUGUCACGUUCACCUGCGACGUGAGUUCUCCUGUGGAGCUCCUCAUCAUGCAGGCCCUGUGUUGGGUCCACGAUGACCUCAGCAAAGUGGACAUCAGCAGCUAUGUCCUCAAGGUCUGCGGCCAGGAGGAGGCACUGCAGAAUAAGCACAGCCUGGGCAGCCAUGAGUACGUCCAGAACUGCAGGAAGUGGGAGGCCGAGAUCAAGCUCCAGCUGCUUUCCCAAACCACCAUGAGAAGGGAUCUGGCACGAACGGCGGAAGAUGACACCUCUCCAGUAGACUUGGAGAGGCACCUGGGCCAAGUGGAGAGGCCCUUUAAGGAGAAUGUCACGAGACAAGGCCUGAGCGACUAUCUAGAAGGUUAUCACAAUCAAGUCAACAUAUGUCUGCAGAACGAGAGCACCCAGUAUAAAACGGUGGAGCGUCUGGUGCAGAAGGUGAAGAGCCUGUGCUGUGCCCUGGGCGAGGUGGAGACCCAGGCAAUCACAGAGGCCGUCAAGAGGGUCAAGUGGUCAGUCAACCUGCCCAGGACACGCUCGCCAGAGGUGGGCUCCAAGACCUCAGGUGGCUCAUCAGAGGGUCACCUCAGCCCAGUGGAGGAGUGCAUGGGCAUCCUGACAGACGCUGUCUACGACCUGGCCAGGCUUUACCUGCGCUCUUUCUGUCCCGCCUCCUCCUCCUACAGCUCCUCCCCUGACCCCACUUCCUCUAACUCCCAGCAUGCAGAGGGGGAGUCUGCCCCAGAGGGACGUGGCAGCAAGGACGCCUCGGGCACCACCGACCACCUGCAGUUCACCGUGUUCGCAGUGCACGGCAUUCCUGCCGCAUGGGUCAGCAGCUAUGAGAAGUACUAUCUGAUGUGUGCCCUGACACACAAUGGCAGGAACCUGUUCAAGCCCAUCCAGUCCAAGAAAGUGGGCACCUAUAAGAGCUUCUUCUACCACAUCAAAUGGGACGAAUUGAUCAACUUCCCCAUGGCGGUGGCCCUGCUUCCAUUGGAGUCCAUGUUGACUCUCUCUCUCUUUGGAGUCCUGAACCAAAACGCCAGCAGCUCCCCAGACUCCAACAAGCAGCGCAAGGGACCAGAGCUGCUGGGCAAGGUCUCCCUGCCCCUGUUUGACUUCCGACGGGUGCUGGCGCGUGGUACCAAGCUGCUGUGUCUAUGGACAAGUUCUCAGACUGCCUCCGCCACAACUGGGGGCCGUAGGAAGAACCUGGCCGAGAGGGUCAUACUGCAGGUGGAUUUCCCCAGCCCGAUGGUAGACGUGCUCUACGUGGGGCCCCAGGAGAUCCCUUGCCCUGACCCCGACACCCUGGAGGACCUGGACCCUGAUCUGCGGCGCCAAGUGGAGGAACUCUGCAGCCGAGCCUCCACUUUUGGGUUGAUGCGGGCCGACCGCCAGCUGCUGUGGGACCAGCGGCAUCAUUGUCGGGUCUACACCGACAGCCUGCCCAAGGUUCUGGCCAGCGCCCCCAGCUGGGACAGGGGCAGCCUGGCUGAGAUCCACUCCUUGCUGCACCACUGGCCAUCGCUCCAACCCGUGUGCGCCCUGGAGCUGCUCGACUCCAAGUUUGCUGACACGGAGGUGAGGAGCAUGGCUGUCCGCUGGAUUGAAACCAGCAGUGACGACGAGCUGGCAGACUACCUGCCUCAGCUAGUACAGGCUCUGAAGUUUGAGUGUCACCUCGAGAACGCCCUGGUGAUGUUCCUACUGUCCAGAGCACACGGCAACAUUAACAUCGCCCACUUCCUGUACUGGCUGCUGAGGGACGCGGUUCAGGACCCGGCGUUCGGCCGGAGGUACGACCAGGUGCUGGGGGCUCUGCUGUGCCUGUGUGGCGCCGGACUCCGGGCCGAGCUGGACAAACAGACGCGCCUCGUCACCCUGCUGGGAGCGCUGGCCGAGAAGGUCCGGCAGACGGGGGGCUCGGCGCGACAGGCAGUGCUCCAGGAGGGUCUGGAGAGGGUGCAGUCGUUCUUCCAGGGGACCACCUGUAGACUCCCCCUCAGCCCCAGUCUGGAGGCCAAAGAGCUCCACAUCAAGUCCUGCUCCUUCUUCAGCUCCAACGCGGUGCCCCUGAAGCUGGCCCUGGUGAAUGCUGACCCUCUGGGUGAGGAGAUCAACGUCAUGUUCAAGGUGGGGGAGGACCUGAGACAGGACAUGCUGGCUCUACAAAUGAUCCGGAUAAUGGACCGCAUCUGGCUUCAGGAGGGAUUGGACCUGCGUAUUGUCAACUUCAAAUGCAUCUCCACUGGAAAAGACAAAGGUAUGGUGGAGCUGGUGCCCUCCUCGGACACACUGAGGAAGAUCCAGGCAGAAUACGGAGUGACGGGUUCCUUCAAGGACAAGCCCCUGGCAGAGUGGCUCCGCAAGUACAACCCCGCCGAGGACGAGUACGAGAAGGCGUCGGAGAACUUCAUCUACUCAUGCGCCGGCUGCUGCGUGGCCACCUACGUGUUGGGUAUCUGCGACCGCCACAACGACAACAUCAUGCUGCGCUCCACAGGUCACAUGUUCCACAUCGACUUCGGCAAGUUCCUGGGCCAUGCCCAGAUGUUCGGCAGCUUCAAAAGGGACCGUGCUCCGUUCGUGCUGACCUCUGACAUGGCCUACGUAAUCAACGGAGGGGAGAGACCCACCAGUCGUUUCCAGCUGUUCGUGGACCUGUGCUCUCAGGCCUACAACCUCAUUCGCAAACACUCUGGCCUCUUCCUCAACCUCCUGUCAUUGAUGACGCUGUCAGGUCUUCCAGAACUGACCGGAUCUCAGGACCUGAAGUACGUGUAUGAUUCUCUGCAGCCUCAGACCACUGACGCGGAGGCCACCAUCUUCUUCACCAGGUUAAUAGAGUCCAGCCUGGGCAGCGUGGCCACCAAGUUCAACUUCUUCAUCCACAACCUGGCCCAGCUGCGCUUUUCGGGCCUGCCAUCCAACGACGAGCCCAUCCUCUCCUUCUCACCCAGGACAUACACACUGAAGCAGGAGGGCCGCAUCAACGACGCCUCCAUCUUCUCCUUCCAGAAGAGAUACAACCCAGACAAGCACUAUACCUAUGUGGUGAAGCUCAGGCGAGAUGGGCAGAGCGAGGCCCAGUUCCUCUUUCGCACUUUUGACGAGUUUCAAGAGCUGCACAACAAGCUGUGCAUCCUCUUCCCUCUGUGGAAACUGCCUGGGUUUCCUAAUAAGAUGGUGCUGGGCCGGACGCACAUCAAGGAAGUGGCGGCCAAGAGGAAGAUUGAGCUCAACAGCUACGUCCACAACCUGAUGAGGAGCUCCACAGAUGUCACACAGUGUGAUCUCAUUUAUACAUUCUUCCAUCCGAUCGCGAGAGACGACAAGACGGAAGGCUUUGAGGCGACGGCCAAAGCAGAGACGCCUCCGCUGAGUCCCACCUCGAGCAGGGUGGAGGGCGAGGUGAAGCUGUCCGUGUCUUACAGGAACAACACGCUCUUCAUCAUGGUCAUGCACAUCCGAGACCUGGUGUCUGAGGAUGGGACGGACCCCAACCCUUAUGUGAAAACCUAUCUUCUCCCAGACCCCAACAAAACCUCCAAGCGCAAAACAAAGAUUUCGAGGAAGACCAGGAAUCCCACUUUUAACGAGAUGCUGGUGUACAGUGGCUACAGCAAAGAGACCCUGGGGCUGCGGGAGCUGCAACUGAGCGUGCUCAGCGCCGAGUCGCUGAGAGAGAACUGCUACCUGGGCAGCGUCACCCUCAAACUCAAAGACUUCGACCUCAGCAAGGAGACAGUGAAGUGGUACAAGCUGACCGCUGUGCCAUACUUUUGACAACUCCACCUGGACUCAGCCUUUUGAAGACAAUACACACUUAAGGGCAACGGAACUGGCCUCAUCCCCCAAAAAAGGGUGCCUAGAAACUCCACACCCCUUCCUCAAGUUCACCUCAGUCCCAGUUUGGAUGUGUACAGAAACCAGCCCCCUACCCCCUUAGCCAAUUUAUGUUGAUCCUAAAUAACACAUAGAUAUAAGCAAUAUGGUUAUAACAUCAACCUUUCACAGGUCUGCACAGAUGUCUAAGGAAUAGGAGCUAGUCUAGGAGUUGGGUGGGCGGUGCUUCGUUGUAGUGAACAACCUCCACUUACUUUGUUGGUUCCUAAACUGUAACAUGAGAUGUAAUGUUUUGUACAUUUUGAAAUUAGAGGACCAAAUUGGCAUACUUUCAGAAGAGUUUAUAUAGAUUGACACAUUUAUUUUUUAAGAAAGGGGCUCUUUUACAUUUUUCUACGUAGACCGAUAGAAAGCGUCUGAUUUUUCUGCUAAGCUAGCUGAGAACGUCUGGGCAAGUUCCUCGUACCAAACAGACUUCAGGAAAAGUAAUGUUGUGUUUCCCAAUCAUGUGCCAAAAGAACUGACAAAGAUGAUGAUGGCAAACCACUCUCCCAAAGGGGAACCGAACAGGAUGCCUUGUUUGUGUUCACAAUGUGUUUUACGCUCCACUUCAGCCUUAUCAUAGUACAUUUUAUACAACCAUUGGGAUUCCCCAAUUGAAUUAGAAAACAAUUCUGUAAAUGUUAGCAGUUCUUCCAGUGUCAAUUGGGUUCUGGGCUAGCUUGAAAGUGUUGAAAUGGUCAGCUUCCUUAUGAAUGCACACUUACUACCAUCUCUUUUUAAUGGUAAUUACUUGACUUCUUUUCACUGCACACUCUUGGGAAUUUGUACCUCGAACACUCGUCCUGUGCAUUUAAUGUUGGAUAAGAAAGUGGCAUCUAAUAUCUGAGGCCACUUAUAUAUGACCUAUUUAAAUUGGGGCAGGGUAAGCUGAUUCUACUAGAUCUGUGACCUAGAGCCAUGUGGACAACAAAGGGAAAGCCAUCCAGUGCAAGAGCUAUGCUGCUUCCUCUGAGCUGACUAGAAAUCUACUUUAUCUGGAGGGGUUUUAAAGAGAACGUCAACAAAGACAAUUAUGAUAAGCAUCACUCGUACUAUAAAGAGUGACUUCCUCUUUUAAUGACUGUAAAAAAUGCUACAUUUGUAUUAACAUGGCCAGUUAUUUAUUCUUAAUUGGUUACCUUAACCCGAAUGAAUCGGUAUGUACUGUAAUCCUUCUGUCUUAAAGCGAAUUAAAUGUUUUUGAACGAA